CGCCAGGCUGUCAGUCAUGUGAUUAGCUCAUGACAAGGAAGAGCAUGAAGUAAACAGUAUUAUGGCAUAUUGGCAAUGUUUUAUACAACAAGCCAUAUUACAUAUGUAAUUUAGUCUGUAAAUUGUUUUAGAUCUAGUCAUUUUGCAUCACACUGCCUUUGCUCAACGGACCGACAGAGCAAUGGCGGAGGCGGAGGAGCAGGGCAGAAAACCAAGUGAAGAGUUUACAGAUGACUCUGAGGAAGAGGACAGUGAGGAAGAGCCUAAGCUGAAGUACGAGAGGCUCUCCAAUGGUGUGACUGAGAUCCUCCAAAAGGAUGCAGCCAGCUGUAUGACCGUCCAUGACAAGUUCCUAGCCCUUGGUACACACUUUGGUAAAGUCUUCCUUUUGGACAUCCAGGGAAAUGUAACCCAGAAGUUUGAGAUUAGCUCGGUGAAGAUCAACCAGAUCAGCCUGGAUGAGAGCGGGGAGCAUGUGGGCAUCUGCUCCGAGGAUGGCAAGGUUCAAGUGUUCGGUCUGUAUACAAGAGAGGGCUUCCAUGAGAACUUCGACUGUCCCAUCAAAGUGGUAGCCUUACACCCUCAGUUUAGCAGAUCUAACAACAAGCAGUUUGUCACAGGAGGAAAUAAGCUACUUUUAUAUGAGAAAAAUUGGUUUAAUCGUUGGAAGACAGCUGUUCUUCAUGAAGGCGAGGGCACCAUCACUAAUAUUCAGUGGAGGGCUAACCUUAUUGCAUGGGCCAACAAUGUGGGAGUGAAAAUCUACGACAUUAGUACAAAACAGAGAAUUACAAAUGUAUUGCGGGACAAUGUCAGCUUGAGGCCUGACAUGUACCCAUGCAGUCUCUGUUGGAAAGAUGACACCACUCUGAUUGUGGGCUGGGGAUCCUCUAUUAAGAUCUGUGUUGUAAAAGAACGUAAUCCCACUGAAAUGAGAGACCUGCCUAGUCGCUAUGUAGAAAUAGUAUCAGCAUUCGAGACAGAGUUUUUCAUCUGUGGCCUGGCACCUCUGGCAGAUCAGCUUGUUACACUUUACUUUGUGAAGGAAAGCCCUGAGAACAUGGAUGACGACUUUCGGGCAAGGCCUCGUCUUGACAUCAUCCAGCCUCUUCCUGAAGGCUGUGAGGAAAUCUCCUCAGAUGCACUGACCGUGCGCAACUUCCAAGACAAUGAGUGCAGAGACUAUAGACUUGAACAUUCUGAAGGAGAGUCGCUCUUCUACAUCAUCAGUCCUAAAGACAUUGUUGUGGCCAAAGAGCGAGACCAAGAUGACCACAUUGAUUGGCUGCUUGAAAAGAAGAAAUAUGAGGAGGCUCUCAUGGCUGCAGAGAUCAGCUUCAAAAAUAUCAAGCGACAUGAUGUAAAGAAAAUUGGGAUGUCUUACAUCAAUCACUUGGUAGAAACAGGGGACUAUGACAAUGCGGCAAGAAAAUGUCAGAAAGUUUUGGGGAAAAAUAUGGAGCUCUGGGAGAAUGAAGUUUACAGAUUUAAAACGAUUGGACAGUUAAAGGCCAUUAGCCAAUACUUACCAAGAGGAGAUCUGCGUCUUCGUCCUGCUAUUUAUGAAAUGAUCUUGCAUGAAUUUCUCAAAACGGAUUAUGAGGGCUUUGCUACACUUAUUCGAGAAUGGCCUGGAGAGCUGUACAAUAAUAUGGCCAUCGUCCAGGCGGUCACAGAUCACCUAAAGAAAGAACCCACUAAUAGCACUUUGCUCACCACACUGGCCGAACUGUACACAUAUGACCAGAGGUAUGAUAAAGCCUUAGAAAUUUAUCUGAAACUGAGGCACAAAGACGUGUAUCAGCUCAUUCAUAAACACAACCUUUUCUCCUCAAUUGAAGAUAAGAUUGUCCUUCUUAUGGACUUUGAUAAAGAGAAAGCUGUUGACAUGCUGCUUGACAAUGAAGACAAAAUAUCUAUUGACAGAGUGGUAGAGGAGCUGGCAGACAAACCUGAAUACCUGCAUGUGUACCUCCAUAAACUUUUUAAGCGGGAUCACCACAAAGGCCAAAAAUAUCAUGAGCGCCAGAUUGGACUGUAUGCCGAGUAUGACCGACCAAAUCUCCUACCUUUUUUGCGAGAUAGCACACACUGCCCUCUGGAGAAGGCUCUUGAGAUUUGUCAGCAGAGGAACUUUGUUGAAGAGACAGUUUUCCUUCUCAGCCGAAUGGGAAACUGCAGGCGAGCUCUACAAAUGAUCAUGGAGGAGCUUGGAAAUGUGGACAAGGCUAUAGAGUUUGCUAAAGAACAAGAUGAUGCUGAACUCUGGGAGGAUCUGAUCUCUUAUUCAAUUGACAAACCACCCUUUAUCACAGGCCUCCUGAAUAAUAUUGGAACUCAUGUGGAUCCUAUUCUUCUCAUUCACCGCAUUAAGGAGGGAAUGGAGAUCCCAAACCUCAGAGAUUCACUAGUUAAAAUCCUUCAAGAUUAUAAUUUACAAAUUCUCUUGAGGGAAGGUUGUAAGAAGAUCUUGGUGGCUGACUCUCUUUCACUGCUCCAGAAAAUGCACCGGACACAAAUGAGAGGCGUCAGAAUUGAUGAUGACAAUAUUUGUGAGUCAUGUCAUGCAACAAUAUUACCGUCAGACAUUACAAGAAACUUCAGUGUGGUGGUGUUUCACUGCAGACACAUGUUUCACAAAGAGUGUUUGCCAUCCACAGGAACUACUCCUGGUGUGCAGUUUUGUAACAUCUGUAGUGCCAAGAAGCGUGGACCAGGAAGUGGAAUACUGGAUAUGAAGAAGUAGCCUUUCACUUGUAACUUUUUUUUUCUUUCAUUUUCUUUUGUGCCAUUCAUUACUCAGAAUUUGCUAAACAACACAACUAUCUACCAAUUCAUAAAUGUGUAUUUACUUUUCACUGUACUAAUCACUUACAAAAUACUUAAAAAUGCCUGUUAUUAGUUUUAUGCAUCAUGAC